AUGACCGAAACCAUGCCCAGGAAAGGCUCUCUCGCCUUCCUGAAUCCCUUCAGAUCAAGGAAGUCCGAAGACCGACUAAGUUCCAGAGCCAACUCCGUUUCUGAUUUCGCUGUCGAGGAGGUGACAGUGUUGCCAAAGAUACCAGCGGUGGAACAGAUUCCAAGCUCGAACAAAUUGAGGAAACGCUCAGCUCCUCUCAACUCCAGGAAGAAAUCCAACGUACCCCAGAAACCUAGCAAGACACGAAAUGCUUCCUUCCCAGCAAUCUCAGUCGCUGACGAGUGGGAGCGAGACAAACAAACCGGUGAACGAAAGGACCACACCGAGAUGCUGCACAGUCUGGCUCAUCGAGGGUCCGACGAAUCACUUAUCGAGAGAACUCAACUCUUGUUUGCUGGGAUUGCCUCAGAGUCAGGAUCAGACUUUAUGUCGAAGCUUCCACGGAAAGUCUGGCACCAGACAGUGCGAGAAUUACCUUUAGCAGACGCCGCGAGUCUCGCACUUUCCUGCAAAGCCUUCCGAAAUCUAGUCGGCACAUCCGUAUGGCACGACCUGAACGACGAGUCAAACUUCGAUUCAAAGAUCGACUUCCUUCAACGCCUCGAUGAAGAGCUCCCAGAUCAUCUCCUGUGCUUCGCGUGCGCCAUCUACCAUGUUCGAACGCAGAAGGGGCAAGAAACGCUGCGUCCAACCAACGUUGCCAAUCCACUAUUCAACUGUCCUCACGCAUUCAACCUGGAUAAGAAAAUCUCUCGCACGCGCCUGACAGUCGGCCGAUCACUACCAUAUCCCUUCGUCCAACUCGUCCUUCGCGCACAUAAGUUCACUCCAACGCACGGCAUCCCCAUAGAUUCCAUGUCUCGGCGAUACAAGGACCGCGCCGGCGACUGGUCUCAUCAAACACGGUUCGCCGUUGUCAAUGGCCAUCUACUAGUGCGCGUUAUCAGCUCUGCGUUUGCCGCACCGGCACUUCCUCCAGCUGGUCUCCGCAAACUGUUGUACUCCUCCGAUGACAAUUUCAACCCUUACUUCUCGGUGUGUUCACACUGGCGGGACGGCGAGCUCAUGCCCGCUGUCAAAUGUGCACUCAGCCACAUCCCCUACCGUCGUGAGGUCGGCGGCGUGGUCGGCGUCGCGGACAAAGUCAAGUACCGUCUUCAUCCUCAGAACCCGUUGAUCACGUUGUGUUCCGAGUGUCGACCCAUGCGACGGUGUCCAGAGUGUCCGUCCGAAUAUCUCAUCGAAGUGAGGAUGCAGGAGGACAAGAGUGACCCUAACAAAUUGUUCAAGUACGCCGUUGUUGUCACCAGAUGGGCCGACCUGGGAGAUGGAUCGUCUCCAGACACUCCCGAAUGGGCAGCGAUCAAUGGUCAGGCAGAAUUUGACUCGUUUACUGCUUUGGGGAGACGGGCUAUCUCUGGCACUUUCGAGUCACAAUUCACGGUGGAACAUAUCCCGGGACAGAAGAUGAUAUCCAUGAAUCCAAGCAAGGAAAAGCGUGGUGAAGCUGGCCAUAAUUGGUAUUGA